GGCACACACACGGCGGGGCGCGGCGCACGCCCCGGUGCACGGGCGCGCUGAGGGCAGGGGACACAAACAGUCGCACAGCCCCAGCGGCCAUGCGCCAGCGACUUCCCACUCCAGCCCUGACCCCCGCCCGGGAUCCCAUGUCCAGUUCUAGGGAAGUGGGGCUCACAUGACCCGGGGGGGGGGCCCUGGGCGCCGUGCUUGUCCUUGGAGAAACCGCAUCACCCUUCCGGAGGAUCCACUUCCGCCCCCAGGAAUAAAGGCGGCCAGACGCCCGUCCAGCCCCGGAGUCCACCUGCCUCCCGCGUCCCCUGCUCACCAGGCUGCGGCUCGCUAAGAUGACUGCACGGAUGGUGCUGCUGGUCCUGCAGGCGUCACUGCUGCUCCACCUGGCUGGCUGCACGGCCCCCACGGCCACCCUGCGCUUCGUGGCUGUGGGUGACUGGGGCGGGGUCCCCAACGCCCCGUUCCACACAGCCCGGGAAAUGGCCAACGCGAAGGAGAUCGCCAAAGCCGUGCAGAUGAUGGGCGCUGACUUCAUCCUGUCCCUGGGGGACAACUUCUACUUCACCGGCGUCCACGAUGUCAAUGACAAGAGGUUCCAGGAGACCUUCGAGGAUGUGUUCUCCGACCGCUCCCUGCGCAACGUGCCCUGGUACGUGCUUGCUGGAAACCACGACCACCUGGGGAACGUCUCAGCUCAGAUCGCCUACUCCAAGGUCUCCAAGCGGUGGAACUUCCCCAGCGCUUUCUACCGCCUGCACUUCAAGAUCCCGCGGACCAACGUGACUGUGGCCAUCUUCAUGCUGGACACGGUGACACUGUGUGGCAACUCGGAUGACUUCCUGAGCCAGCAGCCUGAGAGGCCCCGGGACCCGGCGGUGGCCCGUACGCAGCUGUCCUGGCUCAAGAAGCAGCUGGCCGCGGCGAAGGAGGACUACGUGCUGGUGGCCGGCCACUACCCUGUGUGGUCCAUCGCUGAGCACGGGCCCACCCGCUGCCUGGUCAAGCACCUUCGGCCCCUGCUGGCCACCUACGGGGUCACCGCCUACCUGUGUGGCCAUGACCACAACCUGCAGUACCUUCAAGACGAGAACGGCAUUGGCUACGUGCUGAGCGGGGCCGGGAACUUCAUGGACCCCUCGGUGCAGCACCGGCGCAAAGUCCCCAACGGCUACCUGCGCUUCCACUACGGCUCCGAGGACUCGCUGGGCGGCUUUGCCUACGUGGAGAUCGGCGCCAAGGAAAUGACCGUCACCUACAUCGAAGCCUCGGGCAAGUCCCUCUUCAAGACCAGCCUGCCUCGGCGGACCCGGCCCUGAGCUCCCGGGAGGCCCGCUGUGCCCGCCGUGGCCCCCAGGGCCCGAGGCAGGGGCCCCGCGGGGUGGCCAGGGGCCGGGCGCAGGGCCCCCAGGAUACCGCCCUGGUCCCCAAGCGGUACUGGGGGCUGCACUUGCGCAGCGGCGUGGACAAGAGACCCGGCUGGGCUGGG